AUGGGCUGCUGCCCUGCCUGGCUUUACUGGUAUAGUAAGAACAAGCCAUAACCAAAAUUUCAUUUCUUUGGUGUUCCUGAAGCUACGAUCUGUGUCUUUGACUUAGAACAGAAGAAAGCAAAAGAUAAUGAAUUCCCAACUUGUGGCCACAUGGUGUCAGGUGAAUAUGAACAACUCUCUUCUGAAGCACUGGAGGCUGCCCAUAUUUGUACCGACAAAUACCUGUUAAAGAGUUAUGGAAAGGAUGGCUUUCAUAUCCGGGUGAGGCUGCACCAUUUCCACGUCACCCAUAUCAACAAGAUGUCUUGUGCUGGAGCUGACAGGCUCCAGGCAGGUAUGUCCAGUGCCUAUGGAAAUCCCAGAACACAGUGGCCAGGCCAUCAUGUGCAUCUGUAUCAAGCUGCAGAAAAAGGAACAUGUAUGUGA